AUGGGAUAUGCCCUGCUAGUGGCCGUCAGAACGCCACAUAUCCGGGCUACUAAGCUUGCUGUUGCGGGGACGGGGACUGGAACUGGGAACUGGGAACUGGGAAUUGGGAACUGGGAACUGGGAACUGGGACUGGGGCUGGGGCUGGUGCUGGACUUUGGCAUGUGGCUGUGAUGGAAAGUCAAUUAUUUACAUACCGGUACGACAGGAGGACAUUCAUGGCCAUGUUGACUGAAGCAAGCGUUUACGCGAAAGCUUAA